AGUGGCAACAGGAUUCUGUGUUCUAUCAUUCUGGACCACUACCAGGGACCAUCGAUAAUAAACUACGAUGAUGAGAAUGGCAAAACAUGUAUGCACAUUGCUGCUGCUGCAGGCUACAGUGACAUUAUCAGUGACCUGGCUAAGGUCCCAAAGUGCAACCUGCAGGCCCUGGAUGUAGAUGACAGGACUCCUUUACACUGGGCUGCAGCAGCAGGAAAAGCUGACUGUGUGCAGACACUGCUAGAACUGGGGAUAGACAGCAGCCCUCGAGACAUCAAUGAAAACACACCUCUGACAUAUGCAAUAUACUGUGGGCACACAGCAUGCAUCAAGCUGCUGUCUCAGGAGAGCAGCAGAUCUGAGUCAGUUCAUCAGUUUCCCUCCCAGAACAACAGAAUUAUAAAGAAAGAAGGACGAUUCAGCAUGCUGAACCACAUCUUCUCUUGCAAAAAGAAGAAAGAUUAUCAGAAAACCAGUCAGGAGAGAAGCAGAGAUCAAUAUCCUAGAGAAGAGACCUCAGAAGUAGAUGAUAUCAUCACCCGUUUUGAUUGCAUUAUGAACACAAACUGCGAAGACAUUCCAGCUGAGUGUAUGACCACUCCUGACUUUAAAAGAAGGAGCACAGAUACAAAGUACCUCAUGCCAGAAAAAAAGCAACCUGCACAUCAGGGACUUCUGCCUGUCACUACCCAGAGCCUUCCCCCAAUCACUGUAGGCAAUUCCUUCCUAACUGCUUCCCAAAACACAAUGCCACAUUUCUCCACCAGUACCCACCAUUUUCCACACCAGUCUCAAAAGAGUAGGAGCGAACACAACUUGCUGCACCACAGAAGCAACUGCCAGGCCUUGCUGGAUGAUCCCUGGGACAAAGACUCUAACCAACUAAUCUCCUACAAAGUCUGUACUAGGACUUCUUCAGACAAACUGAUAAAUGGCUUAAACGCUGAUAAAUCUCACCACAUGCUUUUGUGCCCUCCCUGCCUUCCCUCGCUUCCCAGUUCUCCAUCAGGUAAAAGUUUUCAACAGAUGUCCAUAGACCAACACAAAGUAAAAAAUCUUAUUCCUGUACGGAACAGCCUAGCUCCCAUACCCAACCACUGUGCUCACAAAAUUCAGCUACCAUCUCAGGGUGCUAAAAAGUUUCAGUCCCUAAGGACUGGUGCAGAUAUUCUCCCACCUGCUCCAAUCUCCAGAUCCCAGAAAAUGGGACAUUCUCAGAGUCAUCUUCUCUAUUCCCUCUUGCCUGGUCUAUCAGGACAGCCUCUGAAACCAAGCCGUGUCCUACCUGCUAUCCCAAGCCAGAAGAAAUCUAAUCCUGCAGAAGACCUUCAGAAAUCUCUCGCCAAACCAGAUGCUGAAAAUUAG